CUCAUCUCCUCUGCUCCUGCACUCUAAAGUCCGCUGGUUGUCCCGUGGCAAGGUCCUCACCCGCAUGUGUGACUUGCGUGAGGAAGUCCUCCUGUUUCUCGCCUAAAUCAACUCUCCGUUGGUGAAACACAUGGAGGACAUGAACUGGGUGGCAAGGUAGUUUGCUGUGCCCUCCUUCACCACCAUAUACGGAAAAGAGGCCACCAUAAAUAGCCGGAGGUUGUGAAGAAAAGAGGAGAGACUGAAUGAGAGAUAGGAGAUAGGAGCGAGAAAACACAGCCCAUCCACACAAGUUUGAGGACAAUGUGGCUGGCCCUCCUUGUGUGUCAGCUUGCUCUGCUUCCUCGCAGCCCGGCUCAAAAUGUUUGCCAAACACACCCUACAUUCAGAGAACCAGCCAACUCGGACAUGGAGGUCGUAUGUGGCACCAACAGGAUGAAACUUCAGAUUCUCCUUUGUCCUGUGUACUACAGCGGCUACAAUGAAACGCUGAUGGCCCUCAAUGCUCAGUACAUGAAAGCAGAGUGCAGGGGGAUACCAGAUUGGUCAGUCAACCCCCCUGUCCUGAAAUUUAAUUUCCUCAUCACUGAGGAGGCUGUGGCUACCUGCUCUAACAAACUGAUGGUCACCCAGGAAGUGGGUUAUGGAAUUUUCUCAGACUUUUCCAGCAUUCAGUUUGUCAACAUCUCUGGCAUGAUCAACUCCCUGGAUCCUGGCGCAGGCACCAUCACCUACCGCCAAGAGAUGGUGUACAAGUUCUCCUGUCGCUAUCCACUCCAAUACCUUGUGAACAACACUGAGAUGAGUGUAUCUGGAGUAAGCCUGGCGGUCAAAGACAACAAUGGGAGUUUCAUCAGUACUCUAAGCAUGCAGCUUUACUCAGACAUUUCCUACACAACCUUACUCACGGUUCCAGAUGGGGGCCUGCAACUGAAGACAAGGAUCUUUGUACAGGUCAAAGCCACCAACCUUACAACAAGAUUCAAUGUGUUGCUGGACCGCUGUUUUGCUACAACCAGUCCUUACCCUGUCAACAGCACUUUCUAUGACCUCUUUGUUGGGUGUAACCGCGAUGGCCAGACAGUGAUAGGGGUAAAUGGACAACAGCAGGUAGCACGAUUCUCCUUUGAGGCCUUUCGGUUUGUUCAACACCAGAAUAGGACGCUAUCCACCUUCUACCUCCACUGUAUAGCCAGACUGUGUGAGACCUCUCUUUGUAGCUCCCUGCAACAGAACUGCACUACUAAGAGACGGAGGCGAGACGUCUCUCCAACCCAAGGCACCUCAGAGAGGGACAUGGCCACAGUUAGCUCCGGCCCUAUUAGCACACGAGUGGACAACGGUGAGAAUCUGACCGUCCAUCGUUCAAUGAUGUCUCAACAUUCUGGGAUGCUUCAACAUUUAUCGGCUCUUCAGCAAAAGAAUGAAGGCACACUGGUCUUAUUGAGUCUGAAGUGGCACAAGUCGACAAACAUGCAGAAGGAUGGGAAGUUGCCAUAGCAGUGGGGAUCAUAGGUGCUCUCCUCCUCACUCUGGCAGGAUUCAUAACUUUCCAGAUGUAUGCCUCAAAGCAAGGCUGGGUAGAGAAAGGCAUACUCUACUUACAAGAGUGAAGUAGGGUGUGGCUGUUCAAGGCUCCGUCGUACUCACCUGAAGUGACGCUGUUUUUUAAUGUACAAUUUCCCAGAUGGAAAUGUUGUGACAUUUAUGAAAUCUCAAUCUCCACACACAUUCAUAUGUAUUUCACUUUAAUUUAACACUAGAUUUGAGUGUCAAUGGUCAAUGAAACUUCCUGUUUUGGCCAACAAUUCAUGUCCAGUUUACAUUCACUGAGACAAAUUGAUAUAUUUCAAGAUUAAGUCUAAAUGAUCCUUGGACUAUCCAUGUUGCUUUCAUUCACUCAACUAAGACUAAGGACAUGGGACCUGAAACUUAACUAUCCAAAUAUCUCAAUGGCAGGUAUGACAAAAGGUCAAAGUCCAAAGAAAACACAAAAGCACUUAUAAUAUGCUUGAGCAACAUUCACAGCAGUACUGCAUGCUUGAAAUGAUUAUUCUACAUUUGAAAGUGUUGUUUAGCUAGGUAAUUAGAAGGACUAUCAUUGGUUCUUCCUGUUCAUCAGUCAGAAUGAAAUGAGUACAAGGUUGGGUUUAGUAAUACAUUAUUCAAUUACUGGUGUGAUGGUGCUGCAUAUCUUAACUCAAUUUUGUGGUGGAAUAUAAAGGGGCAUUUUGUACCUAUUACUAUCAAUUUUGCAAUCUCUACAUAUUAAGACAUAUGCUUUAUAACCACAUGAACAGCUAUUAUUAUAACCAAAACAGG